CCCAACCCCACACAUAACAUAAGUCACAAUGGGCAGCGCAGCGACACCACAAGAGCUCACCGGCAUACUCGUCGCGCUCGUCACACCUUUCGCUGAAGAUGGAUCGAUAUCCGAAGAACGACUCGGCUCUCACAUCAACCGCCUCAUCGACGCAGGCGUUCACGGUCUGGUUCCUGGCGGCACAACUGCUGAGUUCACAGCAUUGAGCCCCGCCGAGCGCAAGCAGAACCUCGAGCUUGUCAUCAAGUAUGCCAAAGGCCGCGUGCCAGUGGUAGCUGGCAUUGGUGCUUUGUAUACUUCGGAGGCUGAGGACUAUGCCGUCCAUGCGGCAAAAGCUGGCGCUGCUGCGAUCAUGGCCUUGCCGCCCUUCUACGAUGCUCCAAACUUGGACCAAUUGAAGGAAUUCAUGGGAGCUAUCCACAAAGCUGCUAACCUGCCCAUCGUGUACUAUAACAUUCCCUCGGCGACUGGUGUCAAUCUUACACCAGCUGAGCUCGCCAGCCUGAGCGACUACGGCGUCACAUACCUCAAGGACACCUCUGGCAACGCACCAGCAUUCACAGAGCUUCUCUUCGGACACGCCGAUAAGAUCACCGCAUUCAAUGGCUGGGAUACUCUCACGUUCUACGGAAUCGCUGCAGGAGCCAAGGGUGGCGUAUGGGGAGCAGCCAACGUCAUUCCCGACCUGGCAGUCGAGCUAUGGAACACCGUUGCCGUGAAGAAGGACUUGGUGAAGGGCAGAGAGCUAUGGGAGAAGAUCUGGCCGAUCUGUGCAUUCUUGGAGGAGUUCAAUUACCCAAGUGCCGUCAAGACUGCUUUGGAGCUGCAAGGCAUUCAAACUGGUGGGUUGAGGAAACCAUUUGCUUUGCUCAAAGGCGAGCCUAGGACACGACUGGUUGGCUUGCUGAACUCGGCGGGAUUGAAGACCGUAGAAUAGAUGUUACGAGAUAUGAAAAACGUAUAUGAUAUGAGAUUAUUGAAUUGGAAUUUAAUUAAAAUUCUUUACAGCUUAAUUGCAAUUUGAGAUGUAUCAUGAAGAAACCAUACUGUGUAGGGGAUUGAUACAUACCCCGCCAUACGACGUAAAAAAGGAUGCACAUCACAAACCAUACCCCACCAGAGCAUGUGACUACGUGUUUGAAUGCCGACAAGACCAAAAGAAUUGGCCCGGGAACGGCGUGUUGACUCGGUACGUAAGACCCCGUCGUAUCCAGUAUGUGAACAGAGAAUCCGACAC